UUACUCCACAGAUGGACAGCCAGAUAGACGGAUAGACAACUCCGAGCCUAGCGGUUGUUUCUCUUCCCUCCGUCUUUUGAGCCCUAUUUUCUUCUUCUCUAUUUCCUGCGAUCAGUGCGUAAGUGGGUGUGUCGAUGUAGGCUGGUGUAGCUUAAAUCGGUGCUUGUGCGCACUCCGAAAAAGAGGGAAAAAAAAGUUCAUCAUGAGUUUAGUGUAAAAGAAAACCCGCCCGCCUCGCAGUAGGCCAGCCGUCCAGGAAUGGCAGUGUGGACGAGAGCGGACAAGAACGGCCAGCUGGACCUGCUGCUGCGGGACCGCUGGAUCCGAGUGACCGCCGAACUGACCCGCGAAACGCUCACUUUAACGGCCGAGGCGGAGGCAACCGGACAACCGGGGGGCAACCACCUGGACUCGAACAGCUCCUCCGCGGCUCUGCGAAAUGGGAUGAUGGCGAACGGCAACGACCCGGGCACGGCGGCUUCGGGUAAUCCGAGUCGCGGUCCGCCACCGAGUCAAGAGCAACCGCACCCGAGUCACCAAACCCACGGGGCGCUGGGGCGCAGCGGCAGUCCGGCGCGCCUUGCUGCCGCCCGGAGUCACUACGAUGGCGGCGGCUACGGUCCGGGCAGCCCCGGCGCUCACAACAGCAAUCACGGCGGCGCGAACUCCGAUUUCGGCAGCCCCGGGUCCAGUUACGGCAGCCCCGGGUCCAGUUUCAGUUCAAGGCAGGGCGAAAUGCCCGUGAGUUUGGAUGGCCCCGCGGAAGCGGUGCGUAAAGUUCGGGUCGUCAAGCAGGAGUCGGGCGGACUGGGCAUCAGCAUUAAGGGCGGUCGAGAGAACAGGAUGCCCAUUCUCAUCUCCAAAAUCUUCCCCGGACUGGCAGCGGACCAGAGUCGGGCUCUGCGAGUCGGAGACGCAAUCCUCUCUGUGAACGGCAGCGACCUUCGCGAGGCGACGCACGACCUGGCGGUGCAGGCGCUGAAAAAGGCCGGAAAAGAGGUGACGCUGGAGGUGAAGUACAUCCGUGAGGUUUCUCCAUUGUUCAAAAAACCGUCCCUGGUAGCAGACCUGCCGUGGGACGGCGUACGUCCACAGUCCCCCAGCUACAGCGGCAGUGAGGAUUCAGGCUCACCCAAACACAGCAGCUCUUCUGCCCCCAAAGACAGAAAGGUCAUCGGUCUGAAGAUGUGCUUCAUCAGUAGAAACCUCACCAUGCCAGAUUUGGAGAACAGACUGUUGGAGCUCCAUUCCCCAGACGGCCAGCACACAGUGGUCUUGCGCUGUAAAGACGGACCCACUGCCAACUCCUGGUUUACAGCCAUCCAUACCAACAUCGCCGCCCUGCUGCCACAGACCCUGGCUCACAUCAACGCCUACCUGAGUGCCUCCUCCUCCUCCUCCUCCUCUCAUCCCCACCUCAAACACAUCGGCUGGCUGGCUGAACAGGUCCAGCUGGAUGGUGGACGGCACCAGUUUAGGGCGGUUGUCAUGGCGCUGACCGAGAAGGACAUCUUGUUGUUUGAGUCUGUGCCGUGGAGCAGAGAGGGCUGGUCAAUGCCUUUGCUCACUCAUCCAUUACUAGCCACAAGACUGGUUCACUCUGGCACUGCCCGGAGCUCCCCUGCCCAGGGGGCAGACUUGGUAUUUGCCACGCGGACGGGCACUGGGCGGGGCAUCGAGUCACAUGUGUUCAGAGUGGAGACUCACUGGGACCUGUCUUCAUGGACGCGAGCCCUGGUGCAAGGAGGGCAUGCUGCUGCUGAGCUUAUCAAGGAAGUCUCCAUUGGCUGCACGCUGAACAGGCAGGAUGUCCGUCUGACACUGCACUACGAGAAGGGCUUCACCGUGACACGAGAGCCAGCUGACCCUACUGGAGGCGCCGUAUUGUACAGAUACCCUUACGAGAAACUCAAAAUGUCCGCCGAUGACGGAAUACGCAACCUUUACCUUGACUUUGGGGGCCCAGAGGGAGAAAUGGUCUUUGACCUCCAUUCAGGCCCGAAGCCAGUGGUUUUUGUUCUACACUCCUUCCUGUCAGCCAAACUGACACGCAUGGGCCUCCUGACGUGAAGCAGCAGCAGUGGCAUCAGGCCACCACAGGCCCAGGCAUAGGGUGAAGGCUGAAGUAGCUCCAUGAAAUUUUAAUAUGGGGUCAAUGCUGCAGUUUAUUCAUUCAUGGUUGAGGUUCAAAAGGGCAGCAGUGGUGCUGAGCCCAGGUUGACACCCAAGGGCGCCCACUAUUACAACUUCUCCUUGGCCUUCCUCAUAGACUGUUUUAUGCAAGGUCCAAGAAAAGAACAAAUGACACUUCACUUGAUGUGCAGCUCAUAGGGUAUAAUAAGGCAGUCUGGGCAUGUUUUAAUUAUAUUAUUGAUCCAUUAUGAUCAUUAGAAUUAGUCAUAUCAGAUAUCAAGUGUUAGUGCUUGAAUCAUCAAAUGUGAUUCUAAUUUAAGAAGAAAAUGCAAAUAGGCCAUAAUGUGCUUUAUCACAAUGCACUUCAAGUGAAGUGUCACUGCAAAGUAUAUAAGAAAGGAAGGAUAUUUUGACAUUUCAAAUGCAGUAAAAAUAGAUGCAUAGUACCCUCUUUUUACUCUAUGCCUAUCAUUCCAUUACAGCCUUCCAAUGUACUUUGGGCUCUUUUCAUGUACUUGUUUUACUUCUGUGGUAAAGGCAUGUGUUAGAGAGAAGGAGAGAGAGAGAGGCUGUGUAUGUGUUUACUGUUUUAGAGUUAGCAUGCAAUUAAUUGAACUCCCGUGUUGAGGCUGAGUGAAUGGUGAAAGGGGCGUAGUGUGUAUGUUUAUGCUUGUUUGCAUGAAAGAGCUUGUGUAUUUUCAGGGGAGCACAAAUUUUUUUAGUGUGCUCGUGUGUGGGUUUUAAUACUACAUGUAUGUGUUGGCUUGGUAGUGUGCCUGUUGUCCGAAAGACUCACCUGUUAGCACAUUAUCUCAAACUACUGUUAUAAUCAGGAUUGCCAACUGUGCCUUUUUACAUGUAGUUAAAAAUGCUCUUUUUAUUAACGUUUGCUUUUUUCACACAAUAAUAGAAAAUUUGAGUCUCUGUAAGCUUUGAAUGUGCACAACAAUAGUAUUAUCCUUACGUACUGUUACUGUUUUUAUUUUAUCGUAAACCAUGUUACUUUUGUUUGUUUUGUAUGCAUGUACCAUUUCGUUACCUCCCGAUAAUGAGCUUAAAAUCAACUGUGCAUCAGAUCAGAUGUAUGAAAUGGCUGCAUAUCCAUCCACGUCAUCCUUCCUCUGUACUACCCAGAGUUCCUCUCUUCUACAUUCCACUUUGCCAGGGGGGAAAAAAAGUCUUUUCUCACCAUUCCUGUCAAAGCCCGCUGGGGUGGUAUUCUCUCAGUUUCGUCCUGUCAGGUCAGUUUUAUUUGCAUAGCCCCGAAUCACUGUCAUACCCCCGAGAGGCCUUUACAGUCACUUUACAUUCCCCAAAACAGGUGAAUGACAAUACACAACAAUGUCCUGGGACAAAAUAUAUCCCACAGUCCUGUUUCAGGUGUGUCAGCCGCCAUGAUGAGAGUAGUUAUAGCUACUUAUGUCUAUAAUGAGAUAAAGUCCCCAGGGGCUUAGACUCCCUGUAUCUUGUGACACCCCCCCAACACACACACACACACACACACACAAAAGGAUGCUAAUAACAGAGGAGUUUAGAGGAUGCCUACUCGCUCCUGAUUGCCUUGUCGUACCUUUUACUUUUUUAAGAGUCAAUGUCUAAGGAUGUUUGGGGGAUGUUUUAAAGAUCAAACACAACAGUUUUUGUCGACUCCGUUAUCUCUUUGAGGAGUCACUGUAGAGAUCCAAGUAUGUUGAUGUUGGUCAGGUCUCGUUGAGCUAUAAACUGUCAGACAUUAUUAGCAUGGGGUGCCACGCCAUCAAAAUCUCUUCAAACUUGUGAAUGUAUGCAUCUUAUCCACUAAUUCAGACAGUCUAACACAACUGUGAGAAAAAGGAUUUCGUCUCUUGAGGUUUUAAGGUAUUUUGAAAUUGUGGCUUUCCUGUCUAUGCAAGGCAUGCGUCAAAAAGAGUUUUUAUGAACCAAAGUUAAUAUCUGUGGCAGCUUGCGUCCAACACAAUCAUUUAGCAGAAAAAUCACAAAAUGCAUAAAUGCUGCUGCAAAACCUGUUAUAAGCAAAGUAUUUUAGACUUCCUACGAAGGUUGCUCUCAAAGAUACAAUAUACAAUGUACGAUAGCAAUGUAAUAACCUAAAAUGUAAAUAUACACAAAUAAAACUGUUAAA